UCCGCACUCGCCGUGGAAGUCAGACGCGCUCGCUCGCGGCCUAUCGACGCAUCGAUAGCACAGCGCAGCCCGCGAUAAAAAAACCAGUGUUGUGUUAUUUUUUUUGGCGAAAAAAGGAUAUUGUUAUAAAAAUAGUGGUGUGACGACUUGGACGAGGCGAGGUUUUUUUUUCUGUUAAGACCAGUAAUGUCCAUCUAGCUGAACAUUAUCAACAAUGGCGAGCGCAGGAGCAGUUCUCCUUGAGGCUAGGCCUUUCCGGCCCUUCAAGUCUUCCGAGGAGUACCUGUAUGCCAUGAAAGAGGACUUGGCGGAAUGGCUGACUGUCCUCUACCCUGAACUCAGGAUCAAUGCCGAUAACUUCCUGGAUAGGCUCGAUACGGGCGUGGCUUUGUGCAGGCACGCAAACGCAGUCCGUGACUCCGCCCGCCUAAUCCUGGAGUCUCCUCAACCAGAGUCUGACGAUGCCCUCGUCCUCGCUCGGGCCCUUCGCACACGACCUCCUGUCAACAUGCUCCCAGCAGCCAAAGCUGGCACCUUCUUCGCAAGAGACAACCUUUCCAACUUCAUCGACUGGUGCCGAAAAGCCCUCGGCAUCCUAGAAUGUCUGCUCUUCGAAACUGAUGAUCUUUGCUUAAGAAAGAACGAAAAGCAUGUCGUGCUAUGUCUUCUGGAAGUUGCUAGAAAAGGAGCAGUGUUAGGCAUGCCUGCUCCUCUCCUUGUGCAGAUGGAGAGGCAGAUAGAAAGAGAGUUGGCAGGAGAGGAAUUGAGGCCGGAUGAUUCGGCGCUCGGUUUAGUACCUUCGGCUCCUCAGCCGCAGCUGGUGACGAAUGACUUGAGGAGUUUGGAUGAGAGGGUCAGGGAUCUUGUGGAGAGGUGCUCCUGUCCCACCCAGUUCCCGAUGGUGAGGGUUUCGGAGGGAAAAUACAGGAUCGGUGAUACUAGGAUGCUAAUCUUCGUCAGGAUCCUUCGCUCCCACGUCAUGGUCCGCGUCGGUGGUGGCUGGGACACUCUUGCCCACUACCUGGACAAGCACGAUCCCUGCAGAUGCCGCGCCCAGCAUCGCACCUCCCUCUCCGCCCGCCUCGCCCGCCCCAAGCAUGACCUGGCCGGCGCCACCGUCACCUACGAACGACCAGACGCUGGCCCCACUUCCCUGCCAUACACCAAAACUGAGCCAAAGAUCUACGAGCCCAUGUCUCUUCAAUACAACGCCAAAAUCUACAACGAGGAACCGAAGUCUGGGCACUACCAGUCCAACCACAGACUCAGUGAUGCUCCCACCAGUCUACCUUACUUAGGUGACUUGGACCGCGCUGCUUCACCCAGCAGGAGGCAUCUAGCUCCUAGAGCAAACAGUCCUUCAAGAAAAUCUUCAUCUCCGGAUCGAAGGACAAAGAUUGUCACCUCUAACCAUUUAGUGCCGACUCCUCAUGGAAUCAGGAAUAAGAGUCCUAGGCCAGUUUCGCCAGCACCAGCAGCUGAAAGCGCUUCUGAUAAUGGAUCUGAGGUCUCUGAUGAGGGGUACAGGAGCCUGGGAGUGGUCGCUGGGUCUACACAAGGGUCUCCGUCUACGAAAACUACGAACAGAUACUCGUUGCACAGCCAGAACUCGAUUGAAGACGUAGAAUUUAAUGAGCGUCUCGACCACGACGAUGGCUGUCACAUGGACAAGAACGAACGAGCUGAUGACCACGUGAGCCUCAACACCGGCCUGCGCAAGACUGACUUCUCAGACACAUUCUACGGGGGCAGGAAGCCCAGCUCCAUCGACGAGAAGUCCAACCGAGGCAGCCCCGACCGCGUGGUCGUCACCGAGAGCAACGACUCGCCGAGCAAGAGCCUUAGGGCGACAAGGGAAGCUUCCCAGUCUCCUACGAAAACGAUAAGGAGCCGACAGGCCAGUCGCAUACCCCACUCUCCCGUGAGGAAUCGAACCCCUAGCCGUGGGAACACACCCAGCCCCAAGCAUGCCCCGAAUCCUGUUCAGACAUCACCCAAGCUAACUCCAAAACUGCCGCCAACUGCCAGAAACACGUGGGGCGGUAGAACGGCCCCCACUCAGGCUAAAGUCAAGUCCAGGCCCACUUUGGGAGCUGACACAUUUGAAAACCCGAAUAAAUCUCCAAAAAUGAGAGCUAAAACUCCUCAGACUGAUCCCUUUAAGAGGAAUUCUCCUUUGAGAGCCAGCAGUGCUACUCUAAGGUCCCCACCGAAUCAGAAGCCUCUGAGUCCUUUACUAGAACAGAUCUUGAGGUCCACUGAAACUGCGAAAGAUGACGCGACGGUACUCGAGAAAAUGAAGGAGAUUAUUAGAACAUAUUCAAAAGGAGACGAUUCUCUCUCCAGGACUAGUUCUAAGGACUCAGAUUACGCUGACUUCACAUCAGCCUGGGUUAUGUCUGACGGGAAAUUAGAAAGGUCCACCAGCACGAGGCAGUUGGCCGCUCCUAGGAAAGACCAAAGGAAUGGUUCGUCCAGGAUACCAGCGCCAGUUUCAAUCGGCUGCCGACGGUCGACAUCAACGUCACAGUUUCAAUGACAGGAGUCUGAAGACACAGACACUGCGGAACUGACCAGUGAUAAUUGAACUGUUUAUACUAGUGUUUAGUUUGUGAAGACAGAUCAAAUUAAAUCGGUGAUAGUUCAGUGAAGGAUUGCAGCCGAAAUGGCGCUGAGUGUGAUAUUUAUAUGACGUGAAAUAUAUGGACUUUGUAUCGCAUAUCUUUGUGUAGCGAUAAGGUUUAGAUUAUUAACGGAUUAGACAACAGCCGGACUCUGGCAAGUUUCCACGGUUAAUAUAAGAUAGCUCAUGAAUGUAGUGGUUUUACCAGUUUUUAGCAUAUAAUUUGGUAGAUAACACAUUUUUGUGACCAAUUGUGGUACUUCGCUUGAGAGUCCGGCUUAACCACGGCAUAGACUUUUGUCCAAAACGGCGGUUUACAUCAGACUUAUAUCUAUAGUCAGAAUGGUGUAACCCGUCUCAAUUUAAUGACGAUUUCUAGAAAUUUAAUCGUAGAUUAGUACUAAUUAUCGAUUAGAAAAUUCGUACUAACAUUUUUAACAUCAUAAUGGUAACAUCAACCAUUUUGAAUUUAUUCAAUUUUCCAUCUAUUUGCUUAUAGACCGACUUUUAUGAUAUUGAGAGUUGAAUGUCUAGAAAUUUUACAGAAAAGCAGAACUUUCUUUGAUUAAAAGUCGGUUAAAUAUGGUGCUAAGCAAUACAGCUUUUGUUGUUUAGUUAUUAUUAAUUUAAUUAUUUCAGCUGAUUUAAAGCGAUUUCUAGCCCUAAGUUAGAUAAGGGAUAAAACUUGGCCCAAACAAUAUUUUUUCCAAAAACUAGAGAUUACCUGUAUAAUUGAAUAUUUAAUUUUGUUGGAUUAUGAUUCAGUAAAAAAACAUUUUUCUUUCAAACAGGUAAACUUUAGUGUUUUUUUUUUACAUAUUAUUAUUAGUAAUACACCAUUAUUGAUAGUAAAUUACUAAUGUUAAUAUUCUGACAGUGAGUACUCAAGUACGAUAUAUUUUACAAAAUGACAAGUUUAGUUAAGUUUGUAUACUUUAAGUUUUAGGAUAACUUUUUUUGUAUCUUCCCGGUUAAACUUUACUAAUUAAUAAAAGUUAAUUAAAAAUAAAAUAUUCGUCAUUUGAAAUUAUGCAUUUAAUGAAAAUAUCAUUCCAUAUUUUGGAUUCGCCGGGAUAUUCAGCAAUUUUGAUUAAAAGUAAUCUCAUUUUUUUAUAUAGGUUGUGAAGGGUGAAGCUUAUAAAAUCUGUAGCGUUUUUUAAUAAAAAAGUAAAUAGAUCAUCAUGUAGCUAUUUUGUAAAAAAAAAAAACAAAUGGUAAUAUGGCAUUAUAAUAAAUCAUAACUUAAAAAAAAACACAAGAACAUCCAUUUUCAUACCUCAUUGUAGAAUUUAAAGAAGAGAUAUUUUUGCACAUUCUAAACAAUAAAAAAAACAUUAGUUUUUUCACUAGUUGCCAUAAAACCGUCCGUUUCAAGUGUAGUAAAACAUAGCUGUACAUUGACAUCAACAAAAUGUUAUUUUAGUAUUUUAUUUUUUAAAUCAUCUGCCUAACCUCUUCCCAAGUAUGCUGGGGUCACCUGCUAGGAUGCAGAAAAAUAUUUCACCAAGUUUUAUAAUAAAAACCUAAAAUAACAUUUUGAAAAAAAAAAAAAAACAUUACUUCUAUCAUUGUAAUAGAUAAUUUAAUUUUAAUUAAAUUAAUGAUUGAAGUGAGUGUAAGUGAGUUAUCAUUAAGAUUUAAUAUCUAGGUCUGUUAGUAGACCUUUAUUUAAGAUGUCACAAAUUAAACUUCUAUGUAAUAAAGCUACACUUAAGUUAAUAGCUUUUAAUCAGAAAUGUACAAGAUAAUUAUGUCUUACACAAUUUUUGAACACAAACUUUUUUUUUUUUUUAAACCUACAUAUUGUUUAUAACGCUUAGCCUUCAAAAUGUUAUCUGUUUACUUAAAAUAAUAAAUAUAAUUUAUAAUAAAAAAAUUGGUUUUAUUUUUCAUAAAAAAAUACACCAAAAAUUACUAAAAAAUAAAAAAGGAAAAUAUUAAUUUAUAUUAUUUUCUUGUGAUUUAGUAAACAGAUGACACAAAAUGAACAUUCUUUAUUAAUUAGCGAUUAAGAAAAAGUAUACACCAUAAUUAAGAAUAUAAAAAUUAUAUUAUUUUGUGAGAAUGUCCGUAAAUAUAAAAUUCUUAUGUAACAUUGUGAUACUAUCAUUAAAAAUAUUACUAAAAUGAAGGAUAAAGCAGUUUUUUUAGUUCUUUUUACGAUUUUUGUAUUUUCCAGUUUUUUUUUUUUAUGAUAGUAUACCAAUGUCAGAAGCUAGAGGCUAAGAUUUAUUUAGUUUACAUUAUUUCUCUUCGACAUAAUGUUACCAGUGACUAUGCCAUAGAUAUCUGUUAUUAUUCUCGGAAUAAACGAUAAGUUUAUCUUAUA